AAGGAAAACAGUGGCUGGGAGAGAGUAGUGAAGUUGGGUGUUUUUCCCCCUUUGUCCCUUCGUCUUUUCGCUUAACACCAACGGUUUGUCUGCUCAGCGAUCUUGGAAAGCGCCCGCCGUGUCGUCAGCUGACUCGUCGAUCUGCUGAUUUCAAAUAAGAAUCGCCGCCCGGUCUGGGUUGGACCUGCGGCCAUGGAGGAGUCUGUGACCACCUUCGAGACCCAUCUGACGGCUGUCAUGGACAGCCUUAUCCGAGCGUCAGUCUGCGAGAUCACCAAACUCUUCCAGGAGACGGUCAACGACUACCUGGCGGAGCUGUCCAUCAACAGGAAAGAGAACGAGGCUUUGAAACUCAGACUGAGAUUGACCGAGAACAAAUUGAGAAACGAACGCAAGUACGGCAUGGGGUGGGCUUCCAACCGCCGCAAUGCCGGACUGGGGCUGAAGGAUGAAGGGGUUGGAGGGCGGAAGAAGCGAAAACUUGAGGCGCCCCGAGGAAAGCCAAAGCAGAGCUCAGUGGUGGCCUAUGGAAAGGGCUGGCCUGGAGGUGUCUGGGAGGAAGGAGGAGGUGGCGGGGGAGGAGGAGGGGGAGCCGUGGGGCUGGUAGCAGGCGGAGGCGGGGGGAAGGAGGCCAGGGAGAUGUACCUUAUCCAGUUCCCCGGGGAUGAAGAGGAAGAGGGAGGGAUGGUGGAGGAUGAGGAAGGGGGGGGCAGCCUCGGUGGAGAGGGGGAGGAGACGGCCGACAUCAAAGAGGAGUUUUCUCAGCUGGAGGGAUAUCAACCUGCCUCCCUCCAGCUAAUUAAAGAGGCACUGAAGAUGGACCUGCCCAACCAGAACCACCAGACCACAUCCAGAGCCCAAAGCGAGGGUGAUCUGUCAGAUCGUCUGCCGUCCCUUCAGCCAGGAGCCACUGAGGAAGAGGACUGGGAGGUGGGCUCAACUGAGCCCUCUGAAGGAGGCAUGAGCUUAGAGGAGCUUAGGGGUCUGGAGACUGCACUAAGGGCUGAAAGGGGCCGUGAGCAGGCCGCCAUGAGAGCCUCUAAUCCAGCCACCCCCAACACAGAGAUGAUACAAGGCAGUGAGAUCAGCUUGGCCCCCAAAUACAUUGGCCUUGAUGGGCUGGAACAGGAUGGGGAGCUGGAGCCCCAGCCACCCACCCUGGAGAGAGAGGACCUACUGGGGCAAGGAAGGUUGAAGGACACUUUGAGGCCUGGAGGGGCAGGGGGAGUGGAGCUGAGGUCAGGCUGGUCUAAGAGACUGAGAGAGAGGUCUGCAGAUGGAGCCACAGCUGGCGAUGGUGCGUCGGAACAGAGAGGAAUUGAAGAACUGCCCCAUCUGUCUGCACCAGGGAGUGUCGGGGAUAGCGGAGGGGAGGAAGAGGGAGGUGGGGAAAUGCUGCACUUUUGCCCACAGUGCGGAGGAGGCUUCACCUCAGAGGCUGAGCUGGAGGAGCACCCCUGUCCACUAGGGGGCGCCCACUUGCAGGGCAGUGGGGCAGAGGAUACUCCCUUUCCCUGUGCGUCUUGCGGGAACUCCUUCAGCCACGCCUGGGCGCUGAAGAACCACGAGUGUGCUUGCGCCGCCGAGCGACCCCACUGCUGUGAGCUCUGCGGAAAGCGCUUCACGCACUCCCGCUCCCUUGAACGCCAUCAGCUCGUGCACACAGGCGAGAGGCCGCACCGGUGCCCACAGUGCGGGCGCAGCUUCAGUCGCCUAGGCAACCUGGAACGCCACCAGCGGAUCCACACAGGUGAGCGUCCGUACGGCUGCGAGGCAUGCGGGAAGAGGUUCAGCCGUGUGGAGUACCUCAAAAGACACCAGCUCAUCCACAGCGAGAAGGCUGUGCUCGAGUGCGCCCGGUGUGGGAGGAGUUUCAGCGAAGUGGAGCAGCUGAAAAACCACCAAUGCUUUUAGAACACCUCCCGAAAAU